UUUUAAAUGCAGCUUUGGCCCCCAUCUUGUUAAGAAUGCGUUGAGAAUGUGCGGUCUUGAUCUUGACAAGAACUGGACAAGUAUUUAACUACACAUACUCAUAGCGAUAUACAACCACUUUGCCCCCUUAUGGAUUGUACACCAACGACAGCUUCGCGGACUACCGAGCAAACUCCGUUCAACCCUUCUGAAUCCAAAAACCUACGAACGGCUGACCGCUGGCAUGUGUCUCUCCAAACUCCUCUUGGAAUCGGAUCGUUUCUGCUUCUUGGUAUUGCGUCUGCUCUAACACACCACUUCUACUACACCUCUUUGGAUGGCCGUCCAGUGGCGGAAACAACUCAGGAAUGGGCAGUCCGAGUGGGUACAGGCCUUGCGGUUCUUGCCAAAGCUUGCCUUAUCGCUAGUGCAGCCAUGUCCUAUCAACAGCAUUAUUGGAGAGUGUUGCGCACUCGUCCCAUAUCGAUUCGUGGCAUUGACGCCAUGAUGAAUCUACUUGCAAACCCUACUUGUUUCUUCAACUGGGAAAUCAUACGAAAUGCUUGGACAUCUGCUGCCAUUGCACUAGCAAUAUGGUGUAUACCUCUUUCUACGAUCAUCCCACCCGCAAGUCUCACAGCCGCCAUCUCUACAUUUCAGGAAAGCACCAUAGCCCAAGUACCUCUUGUCUCUUGGUCAGCGGUCCAAUUUAGUCAGACUGGGGGGCGUAAUGAAUUCUCCGAUGCCGGACAACCCACGUACCGCGUAGUCACGGCUUCGGCAUACAGCGGCAGUAUCCUUCCAAUGACUGCGCUACACCCGAAUUAUACAUAUACUCUCGACUUCCUAGGACCAAGAUUACGCUGCGGUGACGUAAAAAACUACACUCUGUUUAACAAGGCCAAUCUCACUCAUCAAGUGGCACUUGGUGAAGAAUUGUUUUACAAUGCCACAACUACACGCUCAGUAGACCACCUCUUUGAAUUCCCUACAGAGAAUUUGUAUGACAUAUGGUUCUCUACGCCCACCCGCAACUUCACUUGCGAGACGUGGAAUGUAACGUAUACAGCGGAUUUCUCUUUUGUCAAGGGCGAGCAGAGCAUUGUUGUCACUAAUGUUCGCUACGAUCAUCGUUUUGCUGCAGACGACUCAGGUUCUGGCGAUCUAUGUCCGUUCGAUUGGUGUGGAUACAAAGGUUGGUAUACGGCAGUCGCAUCAAUGGUUACCGGUGAGGCAUGGACAGGAGGAGCCUAUGGCACUUCGAAAAUAACGACCCGCGCUUUCCAGACCGCUCUGAUCGGGUGUCCUGAAAUGCGCCCUGCAGCAGCAAUGUCAAGAAUUUUGGGAGUGCAGUGUCCCGGCCCGUCUCUAGAGUGGGCUGUAGAGGCACUCAGCGAAAACGCUACCUUGAGCUUUUUCGGGGCUCUACCAUCAGUCUAUACGCCUGAGGUAAAGUAUGACUCGCACGGCAUAGAAGCAAACGUCACCGUCGCCAACAUCACUACUACCCCGGCCAAUCUCACGAUCUUUACUGCACAGCUAGUCCAUACCUACAACGCACGACCACUAGUGCUCUCCUAUUCUGCUGCAGUAUUUGCCACCAUCGUUAUCCUGCUUGCAGGUAUCUGUGCUAUUUGGUCCAACGGUAUUAGCCAUUCAAGCUCGUUCUCCGGAAUAGUUUGUACAACGCGUAACAAGGAGCUCGAUGAAUUGGCGCAGGGCCAUUGCCUGGGUGCGGAGCCUAUCGAGAAGAACAUCGCAAAACAAAAGCUGCAGUAUGGCUUGCUAAAUUUCCAUAGCAGUAAUACAGGGGAUAUGACUAGCAGUGUACAACAUGCUGCAUUUGGAUUUCCGGGCAGUGUUGUUAGACUGAGAAAGGGCAAUCAUUACGAAUAAAGGGCACUUUGAGACUCUACGAGACCUAAGUCGCUUGCUAUAUAACUAUCAAAUUGUCUCACUGUAGUAGUUAAUGUUGUUGCAUAGGAUUUAUAGGGGUAGUGGCUAAGCAGGAAAAGAUAAGUGUUCCGCUGUUCGAC